AUGAGCUGUGUCACCUCCAAGCCAGACGGGUUUCUGUGGAUCGCUGUGUCCUGCAGACUUCCAGAGGAUUUUGAAGGGGUUGUCAAGGUGUGCUCCUGCUACCGUUUUUCCAAGAGGGCUGUCCCACAAGACAAGAUCUCCGAUGACUUUCACUCUUUGCGGAGCAAGUCUUCCUUCCCAGUGGCCGUUGAGAAGUUCAACCUCUUCCUGGCGUCUCAAUCCUUCAAGUCCAACCUCUGGAAAGGAUUGCUGCAAUUUCUCAGGCUCGAUGACUUUGUGCACCUUUGCGAUUUCAUCGAGACCGUAGCAGAUAAGUUGGUGUGCUUUCUCAGUCCCUUAAAGAGUCUUGACUCUGAUUCGCAGAAGAUAUCGGUUGGCAGCAACAAAGCCUGCCUGUUUUUCUGCUUGCUCCUGGUGCUCCUGUUGUUCGUUUUCGCCUUGAAAGAUUUGCAUUUCCUCAAAGGGGAAGUCACACAAAAUCCGGGGGUGAUUACCCUCACCAAGCAGGAGGAGUUUACCAUCAUCAUUCAGACGUUUAAGAGAGACGAUAUUCUCCUGGAGGUCCUCAAACGUUGCCUAGAUGUACCUCAUCUCCAGAAGAUCCUCGUAGUGUGGAACAAUGUCGACAAACAGCCCUCCCAGAUAUUACGAGACUCCUUUGGGCAUCAUCGUACUCCUAUCCUCUUUUUGGAGCAAAAGGUCAACCGUAUACAAAACAGGUUGCAGCCCUUUCCUGAAAUUCACACUCAUGCUGUUUUGAUGUUGGAUGAUGACAUUCUUCUCAGCGUUUCUGAUAUCAGUUUUGCUUUCACCAUUUGGAAGCAAUUUCCAGACCAAAUUGUUGGCUUUGUCCCUCGGAAACACGUUGAGACUGCUCAUGGUGCGUAUACCUACCAAAGAACCAAGUUGUCUGAUCCACAUAAUGGAGGAGGAGACAAAUAUUCCAUGGUGCUGAUCGGCGCUUCAUUUUUCCACGCUCGCUACUUGAAGCUUUACCAGGAUCAGCCAGAAGCAAUGCACAGUUUGGUGGACACCACCCAAAACUGCGACGAUAUCGCCAUGAAUUUCGUCGUGUCAAUGUACAUGCGCACAGUCUUGAAUGACACCAGGCCCUCGGGCGUUUAUAUCAUGCCAUUGGACAUGGUCAAUCUGGAAAUGCAAGCCAGAAGCGGUUUCAAGGGCAUGUGGCUUCGCUCCAAUCAUUUCAAGCAGAGGUCCUACUGUCUCAACCGGUUGGCCCAAAUUUAUGGUGUCAUGCCUUUACAGUUCUCAGACAGCAUAAAGACUCGCUUUACUUGGCUGAGAAAAUAA